AUGGCCAUGGAGUCAACGGUGCUUUAUGACGCACUGGUAGCGUUGGCCUCGGGACAUUUGUCACUCUCGAAUGAGUCGUACAGGCUCUCAGCGCUGGAAGCUCACUCGACAGCCAUCACUAAUCUUGCAACGGCGCUCGGCGCCCCCCAGAAACAGAUCACAUGGUACGAGACAAAGGCAGCAGCAUGUCUCGCCUUCGUCAUCGGAGAAGUCUGCGUGGGCGAUGAUUCCGGAUGGUCUACUCACCUCAACGGAGCCAAGCUUUUGAUCAGGUCCGCUGAGGUGGUUACGACCUCCGGUGUCGUGUUGCGUGGCCCAGAGGUCUUCAGGAGAAGUUCCGAGGGGCAGUGGAUACUCCGGAACUUUGCAUAUCACGACAUAAUCGGCAGCAUCACGUUGAGGAGGCGGCCUCUGCUCGACUGUACCUAUCUGGACGGAAUCACCGACGUGGUGGAUACCUAUCUGGGGGUCGCUACGGACCUAUUGCGCCAUGUCGCCACUCUGAGCAGUCUUGAUGAAGAGACGAAGCUCGGGCCAGACCUCACAGUCGAUGAAAUCGUGGAGAGGAAAUCGGCUUUCCACACCACAUGUGCCAAAGUCGAGCAAGAGCUGCAGGUGUGGCAGUGCCGAGUCGAUGCUUCUCCGGAGCUCGCUGCCUUGGCGCACGCGUUUAGAAGCGCGGUCUUGAUCGUGCUGUAUCGGCUCAUUCGAAAUCGACUGACUUGCGAGGAGCAUGACGAGGAAGAGACAGACGUGGCGACGGGGUGGGACAUACUGCCGACGAAGAUACGCACGCAAGUUUCGAAUAUCUUGAGGCAUGUCUCUGGCAUCCCGAUAGGGUCUCAUUCCGAGUCGGCAAUACUGUUCCCUCUUUUUCUCGCCGGUGGCGAGGCCACGGAGGCCAAACAUAUGGACGAGGUCCGCAUUCGCCUGAAGAUGACGCUACAAAAGAGACGAUUUCUGAAUAUUGCGCGGUCCUUGGAAAUUCUAGAGGAGUUGUGGCAAAGGAGAAAAACCCCGGAUGGAGUUCGAUUAGACUGGACUGACAUCUUGGAUGAGACUAGAGAGCACCUUUUGUUGACGUAG